AAAAAAAAAAAAGCAUAAGUAAUAUCACACAAAAGGAGCGGAGAAUGUUGAUUGCGCUCCGCUACCGCGGCUUUACACAGUCCGAGAAGGCUGCCUUCGGGGGAGGCACAGCCCGACCGCAUCAUCAUCAUCAUCAUCCCCAGGAGGCUGGUCCGUCAUUGAACAAACACGUACUGUCCCUAUACCCUCCGUGCGUAAACAUAUAUGAAUGAACGAUCAGUACAGUCAACAAAUAACAACAGCAUACCCUGCACAUAUCAAAGAGGUCCAGCGUAUAAUGUCCAGUAGUCAUCAGGGCAGUGCUACUGCUAAUAAUACUACUGCUGGCACCAUUACAGCCAACGGACCAUCCGGAGUCGCAGCUAUGGCUGCUACCGCCUCCAAGAUGCCGCUCUCGGUCGUCAAUGCUGCUGUUGCUGGUGCAUCGUCGUCGCCGGCUACCCAGCAGACCAACAAUUUUGACCCGUUGAACAAGAGCACCUCCAACACUCUCAAGAGAAAUCCGAAAAUGGAGUUGUGCAAAACAGAUUUGUUGAAGUUACUUGGUUACUUGGAAGGUGAAUUGCAAGCUCGUGACGUGGUUAUAGCAGCAUUAAAGUCGGAAAAAAUGAAGCACCUUCUCAAUUCAAAAUAUCGUCACGGGACCACAGAUCCCCAUUCUGCUCUUGCUAGAGAUGUAGCCAUUUUGGGAGGUGCUAAUGGAUCACCAGGAAGUCAAACUGAUCAACUGACGUCAGCCCUGGAAACUUUGAUAGCACGCCAGAGACAAAUGAAAAAUCAUAUGGCUAGAGUACUAAAAAAUGCUGAAGUUAGACAUCACAUGGUUAUCAAAGAGCUGGAAGAAGAGAAGCAAAAAAACGAAAACACCCCAACUCAGGGUGAUGAUACAACGCAUGAUCAUGAGAAGGAAAAAAUGCGAUUGAAAAAAGUUUUGGAGACGGAAAAGCAAGAAAAAAAGCGCCUUGAAGCCGAAGCUAAAAAAAUAAGUGACACCUUAGAGGAAGAAAAAACCCGUCACAGACAAAUCGUUCUUAUACUCCUAGCAGAGCGGAAGAAAAUAAUUUUAAAAUACAUAGAGGAACGCAAACGGUCUGAGGAUCUUGCUCAGAUUCUGAGCGAAGAAAAGGUGCGCGCAGAUACAAUGGCGGAAGGACUUGAGGAGGAGAGUAAAAAGGCCUUGCACAUGGAAGCUGAAAUGGAAAAGCAGCAGGCUCAUUUUGAUAUAGAAAGAUCGCAGUUCCGCCAAAGUACAGCAAACAAGGACAAAAAACUCAUGGAGCAACAAGCAGAGAUUGAAAAACUUCGGUCAGAGCUCGAGGUACUCAAAGAACAGCAGGCUAGAGGAGGCAUGAGGACUAUUGGAGUGACUCCUCCUCCACCACCGGCUAAGCCCGCCAAUCUCGCAGCUAUGCCUACACUCAGAGGCGCUUCUCCGCAAGUUAAAGGAGCAGUUUUGGGAGCUGGAACUCCAAUGGUUAGCAGCAAAGUAGUGCAACCAACUGCUACCGUGUCUAGUGUACCAGUUAGUGGACCAACUACUGGUAUAGCCAGAUCUGUGACUCCAGGACAAGCGUUGCGUGGCGCUGUAUUUGGUUCGAGUGUCUCGUCCAGCCUUGGCGACUCGGCUAUAGUCACACCUCCAACAAUAGAGUCUGCUACUGCUGCCCAGGCGCUGCAGCACAAGCGGCCACUGGUGCUGCCCACACCGAGCAUCCCAAGCCAACAACCACCACCAGCACCAGCAACGUCAACGACGACAACAGCUGCGGUCAAAUUAUCGGCCCGGGGUGUACCGCCACCCGUGCCACCCAACAAGCCCAUCGUUCCGCCCAAGAAGGAGGUGACCACUGCAGCUGCCGCGGCUGCAUUUCUCCGCCGAAGUGAGCAGCCGAGCCCCAACCAGUCGCCAGUGGCCAAGUUGCAGCAGCAAAACAGUCUCGGAGCAGUUCAGCCGACGGUAGCAUCAGUGGCCCCAGCUUCUCCGCUACAGUUGCUACAGUCGGCCAGCUCAGCUGCAGCUUGCAACCAGCCAACCGAUCACGAGGUGAAGCCGCGCUGACUCCAGAGGCCGACGAGCUCUGCUGUCCAAACCUGAGUCCUCGGCGCCGUUGCUACGACCCCCGUCAUCC